AGACGAGAUUUUUAAAAUCGACAUAUCAAAGUAUUUUUCGCCUUCUCCUUUCUCCGGAGGCGUAGAUUCUCUGCGACUAAACUGCUAUCGUUUUGUCUUCCUCGGAUCCAGGACGCGAAGAAGACGAGAUACAUGGUAGGGCACGGUCACCAGAUUCCUCUGGAGGUGGUGGGAACGAUGAUAGAGAUGGCCGAUGUUGCUUGGAAUGCCAUUGAGCAUCGCAGGGAGCGGAAGGUUCCACCUAAGGGGGAAGAGGAGGUUGCUCGGAUACGCUCCGAGAACCAGCGGCUUAAGACCCUCCUCGCCGAGAAUCUCUCUAUCCUACAAGGCAUCUCACAGGCGUCUUCUCUGGCCAGAGACUGCCCUCCUGAUCUGUAUGCACGACUCUUAGCUGUAGUGGACACUCCAAACUUCUUGGCUACACUUGAGUCACUUAAUCUGGAACUAGAAUGCAGGCCAGAUGGGGAUUUGCUUUUUACUAAAGAUCAGGAUAUGCAGGAUGUUUUGAUUAGUGGCGGUGAAGGAAAUCCUAAUCGGUGGGUAUUAGUUAAACAUGAUAUGGAUCCAGACAGUACGGAGGAGGCCAGUGGAAUUGAUGAUGAAAAUUAUGUUGUAAUUAGUGAAGAGAAUGUUGUUGAUGGCUUAGCCAUUUUCAUUGGUAGAUGCGUCCUUGAAAACCCAAUAUCUAAGACGAUGUCACCACAAGAAAUACAGAAAGCUGUUGCGAAGGCUUUGGGUGAAAUUAGAAGCUGGGGUUUGUUAAAGAACGUCUGGGAAGCUGGAAAAGUCAUUUAUACCUUAUCAAUCUGGGGAAUUUUUCUAGCAGGAUUGUAUAGACACCGGGCUAUUGUGAAAGCUGCUGCCAGAGGCGCAACUUCCUCCGCCAAAUUUAUUCUUAAGGCCCUGUAAUUUGUGUUUUUACAAGAAUUGGUAAUUGUUGUGCUGUUUUCAAGAUUGGCUGGUCUGUCUUGGGGAAAAUUAUUCCGUACGGACACCGCAUGCAGAGAUGCAUGCAUUGUCCGAUCUCCACUGUCCAUCACCGCUUCGGUGGGAUUUUUUUUAAAAAAAAAUUGAAAGUGGGUCUCACUGAAGCGGUGAUCAACGAUGGAGAUUGAUUGGUCUCUGUCUUGGGGAAAAUUAUUCCGUGUGGACACCGCAUGCAGAGAUGCAUGCGGUGUCCGAUCUUCACCGUCCAUCACCGCUUCGGUAGGAUUUUAAAAAAAAAUUGAAAGUGGGUCCCACUGAAGCGGUGAUGGAUGGUGGAGAUCGGACACCACAUGCAUCUCUAUAUGCGGUGUCCACACGGAAUAAUUGUUCAUGUCUUGGACCUGUACAAAUACUAGAAAUGAAAAAAAGAACAUUGAUUGCGAGUUUGAACCUA